UGUGUGUUCACUCCGCCUCUUCCCAGCUGAUGCUCGCGUCCUUUCAAUUUCUAUUCUGAGAGGAAGACUUGAGCAAGAGGGGUCUGCGGGGGUAGCGCAGUUAAAACAUCCAUGGGUGGUUGUGUGGGUAGUCACCAUGAUUCUUCAGGCAGUUUAAACGAAAAUUCUGACGGAACUGGAGUGGCUCUGGGGCGUAACCAGGCCUUGAAGAGAGAGAAGCCCAAAUGGAAGAGUGACUAUCCCAUGACGGACGGCCAGCUGCGCAGUAAGCGGGAUGAGUUCUGGGACACGGCGCCCGCCUUCGAGGGACGCAAGGAGAUCUGGGACGCGCUCAAGGCCGCCGCCCAAGCCUUUGAGAGCAACGACCAUGAACUGGCCCAGGCCAUCAUCGACGGGGCCAGCAUAACACUGCCACACGGCGCGCUGACGGAGUGCUAUGAUGAGCUGGGGAAUCGCUACCAGCUGCCAGUCUACUGCCUGUCCCCACCCGUCAACAUGAUCGAGGAGAAGAGUGACCUUGAGAGCCUUGAGGUCAGCGAGCCCCCCCCCAGCGAGGGUCAGGAGUGCCAGCUACGCCUGCGUCUGUCCACGGGCCGGGACCUGCGCCUGGCGGUGAGGACCACGGACACGGUGCAGCACAUGAAGCGGCAGCUGCAGACGGUGGAGGGCGUGUCGGCGGCCACGCAGCGCUGGUUCUUCUCAGGCCGGCCGCUCACAGACAAGAUGAAGCUGGAGGAGCUGAAGAUCUCCAGGGACUACGUGGUGCAGGUGAUCAUCAGCCAGCCGCCCGCCCCCCUGCCCACCCAGGCACCGCCCGUCCCCACACCAACCACACCCACGUCCAUGCCCGCCACACUGCCCCAGGACCCCACGCCCGUAGAGAACUAGUGCCUGGCACCUGGAGAGGGCACGCAUGCAGGAAAAGACAGACCACCGAGGGAAGACCAGCUUUUGACAAGUGGAGAUUUGGGUGCGGUUGUGAGGCAGACACGUGUCUGAGCAGGUGAAGGAACAGUCCUGGAGAACCGAGCCGAGCUAGGUGGUCAUGUAAAGUGUUUGUUUAGAGUUGUGUGAGGGUUUGUUAAGCUGUGUGCCCUCCCUCUCUCUUCUCCUCUCUCCUCCACGAGACGGGGAGGUGUUUCUGCAAGGCAUGCUGGGAUAGCAGCAGGGGUGUCUCUGUGCCUCAGCCAGAGCAGGAGGACUCCGCCUCCGUGACUGAAGACAACCAACCAGGAGCAACAAGAGACUCCACCACAGGACAUGAACACCUGCUAACCUGUCAUUUCAAAAAUCUACCUUUUACAAAAA